UUAGGUCACCUCCAGGCAACUGACACCAUGAGUGUGGGAUUCAUCGGCGCGGGGCAGCUUGCCUUCUCCCUGGCUAGGGGUUUCACCGCAGCAGGAGUUUUGGCUGCUCACAAGAUAACAGCAAGUUCACCAGACACUGAUCUCCCUACUGUAUCAGGGUUGAGGAAAAUGGGUGUGAAUUUCACUCUAAGCAACAAAGAGACGGUUAAAAACAGUGACGUCCUGUUUCUGGCAGUGAAACCUCCCAUAAUUCCAUUCAUCCUGGAUGAGAUUGGCUCAGAUAUAGAGGAUCGGCACAUUGUGGUCUCAUGCGCUGCUGGGGUCACGAUCAGCUCUAUUGAAAAGAAACUUUCUGCCUUCUGCCCCACCCCGAAAGUGAUCAGGUGCAUGACCAACACACCUGUGAUUGUAAGAGAAGGAGCUACUGUCUACGCUACGGGGACCCAUGCUGACGUAGAGGAUGGAAAGCUCUUGGAACAACUGAUGGCUAGUGUGGGCUUCUGCACUGAGGUGGAAGAAGACUUGAUAGAUGCUGUCACUGGACUCAGUGGCAGUGGACCUGCUUAUGCAUUCACAGCCCUGGAUGCCCUGGCAGAUGGAGGUGUGAAGAUGGGCCUUCCUCGCAGGCUAGCCGUCCGGCUGGGAGCUCAAGCUUUGCUGGGAGCUGCCAAGAUGCUGUUGGAUUCAGAGCAGCACCCCGGACAGCUGAAGGACAAUGUUUGCUCACCUGGGGGUGCUACCAUCUACGCCCUGCACUUCUUGGAGAGUGGUGGCUUCCGUUCACUCCUCAUCAAUGCUGUGGAGGCAUCCUGCAUCAGGACAAGGGAACUACAAUGCUUGGCUGACCAAGAGAAGGUCUCCCCGGCCGCUGUUAAGAAGACCUUAAUGGAUAAAGUGAAACUAGAGUCUUCCUCUGCCAACAAGGUCAGCUUAUUCAGCAAAAAGAAUCCUGGCAGCAAGAAGCAAUGAGGAGGCCUGGGCCUUGCCUAGCCAACACUUUCCUUUCCCUUUCAGGGGAAUCAGUAGCUUAAGCCAUUUUUUUGUGGUGGGGCCUAGCCUGGUUUCGCGGCUGCAGGAGAACGGGGUUUUAGCAUCCAGAUGUGAUUAAUUAAAGGGUAGCAGGGACCAGCAUUUCUGGGGGCUGAGCAGGAGGCAGACUGUCACCAGCACCACUUUCCAUUGGGUGGGUGACUGUGUGUACUUCUGACCUUGAGGGAUUUUGCUCCUGUAGUUGUGAUUACGGUGUUUUGUUAUUUACAUCCUCCUCCCUUCCUCCGGGGCACACCCUUUUUGUUAAUCUUUUCAUCAACUUCGUGAACAGUGCUAUUUUUCUAGAAAAAGAGGUUCACCAUGAACACCUCCCUCAUUCUUUUAAAAUGGCAAUGAUGCCUACCUGAGAGGUGCCGGAACUGAGUUCCAGAGAGUUUUGGCUGAAAAAAAGCCCUGCUUGUGAGGUACAUUGCCCUCAGAGACAAUGGCUGGCCCAAGGUAACCUGGGGAGCACCAUGUCUAAGCAGAGAUUUUAACCUGGUCUCUCCCAGUCUCUUUGGCUGUCUUCUGUGGCUGUAUCAGGCUGGUAGACAUUCACUGGUAUGGGCACACUUCUUAUUUAAUAGGCCAGGGACUUGACCCCAGGCAGGCCCUUCAAGUCCUGGCAGUUGUUGUAUAUCCCAUUUUCAUGAAAUAGUGGCUGCUGUACAGUCUGCAAGGUACUCUGGGCUUCGGGCUAUAGCAGCCUUGUUUUUUUUUACUCCUCACUGCAAACUGGAUUGCCACUGUUCCCCACACACUGUUUGUCUCACUUUGUAUAGAGGACCCCAAAUUUCCUUGGCAGCUCCACCUGGACAGCCCCUACCAUGCUGCCCACAAUAGUAGUAAAAUAAAAUCUCUCACAAUUUUUCUGUUUCUGCCUCCUUCCAACUUCUCCUAUUCUUGCUAGGACUUUUGCAUUGGCUACAUAUAUGCCGUUCUCCUGUUACCAGCAGAAGUAGAUGUCCAUAUAGAUUAAAAGUCUGGUGUAGCUCAGCUACUAGAGAAACUUAGGAAACUGCCUUAUGCCAGGCCAGACUCCUUGCCCAUCUACCUCUGUAUUAUUUCCAACAUUGACUGACAGCAACUCUCCAGGGCAGAGGAAGGGCUUUUACAUUGUCCGCUACCCAGCCCUUUUUAACUGGACAUGCCAGGGAGUUCACCAUGCUCCCCCUGGCUGUUGGGAGUUGUAAUCCUGCAACAUCUAGAGGUCCACAGGUUCUCCAUCCCUGCUCUAGCUCUGUGAGUAUGGUUUAGUAAUGACAAGCUAGAAUCAAACCGUGGUUUCCAGAUGUGUCAGAACUGGCCUGCUGUUUCAACUACAUUUGCUUGCUUUUUAUCUUCCUUCAAAGGUGCUGUUUUCAUAUAUAGAGAAGAGGUUUUAAAAAUGUGUUUGGGGUUGUUGGUGGUCUUGGGGGUUUUUUGUUUUUUUGUUUUGCUAAUGACACUUGCUCUAGAAACAAACACUUAACCUCUGGGAAGCUUUAUGUAGAAUACCUCAUGAUCCUUUCAAAAUAUGCUGGUUGUUAUUUGUAACUUGUUUACUUCAAGGUGCUCAGGAGCUAACUCCUCAGACAUUCGCUAUUCCUCCUCCCAGCUCCAACAGAAAGCCUUUGUCCUUCAAGGCUCUGCCCCUCUAGCCUCUUCAUAUGGUAAUGAUUGGAAUAACGAACCUGGCGGGUGGGUGAAAGAAAUACAGUGGACCAGGGUCACGCUUGGAUAGAUGAUAAGACAGACACCUGAGGAUACAGUAUUAUUUCCUAGAUACUUGCUGGGUUUCCUGGUUCUUGCUUAUUGGAAGGUGUGGAGAUGGGGAGCAUUAUGUUCAGUCUCUCUAGGGGCGUAUUCCACUCCCCACCCCCAUUUUCCUCUGGAGAAUAAACUCUGUGCUUCUCAGCCUGA